CGAAGCUGUAUACCAUACUGGCACUCGCCGCCGUAACGACUAGAGGCGAACGGGAGGAAGAGACAACACCAAGGAAUUGUUUUAACCACAUAAGUAUCUUUUUUUUCGGAUUCAAGGAGGAUUUUUAACACGACAAUAUUCCAGCGGGCGGCAAAAACGCCACUCUAUUUUUGAAAAGUCGAAUCGCUUCCCCUUUCUCCCCUCCGAACAGAUCGAUUGCCAUCAUUUAAAAAAAGGGCGUGUGCGGGGUGAAGGCAGUUUUAACCAUUUAAUGUGGAUAUAUAUGGUGUUUUAGAUAUUUUUUUUUACACCAUCUGGGUCUGAAGGACACAGCCGAGGAUGGGUUGCACACUGAGCACAGAGGACAAGGCGGCGGUGGAGCGCAGUAAAAUGAUCGACAGGAACCUGCGGGACGACGGAGAGAAGGCAGCCCGGGAGGUGAAGCUGCUGCUGCUCGGUGCUGGGGAAUCAGGGAAAAGUACAAUUGUCAAGCAGAUGAAGAUCAUCCACGAGGCAGGCUACUCAGAAGAGGAAUGUAAGCAGUACAAGGCUGUGGUCUACAGCAACACUAUCCAGUCCAUCAUCGCCAUCAUCAGAGCCAUGGGGCGCCUCAAGAUCGACUUUGGCGAUGCCACAAGAGCUGACGAUGCACGGCAGCUGUUUGUGCUGGCAGGCUCGGCAGAGGAAGGCUUCAUGACAGGAGAGCUCGCCGGUGUCAUUAAGCGGCUGUGGAAGGACGGAGGUGUUCAAGCUUGCUUCAGCCGCUCCCGCGAAUAUCAGCUCAAUGAUUCGGCAGCAUACUACUUGAACGAUUUGGACAGAAUAGCCCAGGCCACCUACAUCCCAACUCAGCAGGAUGUCCUGAGGACCCGAGUCAAAACCACAGGCAUUGUGGAAACGCACUUCACAUUCAAGGACCUGCACUUCAAAAUGUUUGACGUUGGCGGUCAGCGGUCCGAGAGGAAGAAGUGGAUCCAUUGCUUCGAGGGUGUGACCGCCAUAAUCUUCUGCGUGGCCCUCAGCGACUAUGACCUGGUGCUGGCUGAGGACGAGGAGAUGAACCGAAUGCACGAGAGUAUGAAGCUGUUCGACAGCAUCUGCAACAACAAGUGGUUCACAGACACUUCCAUCAUCCUCUUCCUCAACAAGAAGGACCUGUUUGAGGAGAAGAUCAAGAAGAGUCCUCUAACCAUCUGCUACCCAGAAUACGCUGGCUCCAACACGUAUGAGGAAGCAGCUGCCUACAUUCAGUGUCAGUUUGAGGACCUGAAUAAGAGGAAGGACACCAAGGAGAUUUACACCCACUUCACCUGCGCCACAGACACCAAGAAUGUGCAGUUUGUCUUUGACGCUGUCACCGAUGUCAUCAUCAAGAACAACCUAAAAGACUGUGGUCUCUUCUGAAGUUAAUCACAACGCAGAUAACCUUUCAUUCUUGGCAGUGGAGCCAAUUUAUUGUACAUCUUUUGUGGGGAAGAUGAGAAGAGUCGGGAGGAUCAGUCACGGACCAGUGCUGUACUAUAUGCCACUUUUAACAGCUUUAUUUAUGUUUUUUUUUUUGUCUUGGAACAUUUUGAAUUAGUGUUACAUUUGUGUAAGAUGUUUGUAUCAUUAUAAAAAAAAAGAAAAGAAAAAAAAAAGAAGCGUUUCUGCAUAUUUUUCAUAUGUUUCUAUUUAGUUUAGGGUUUGUUUUGUUUUUCGCGGAUGGGGAGGAGGAGGAGAUCACGUUUUUGCUGUUCUUUCUGCCGCUGUCUCUGGAAAAGGAAACUUUGCGGAUGGUGGAAAUGCUUCUUUUCUUCCUUCUCCUAAAACCAAAAGGGAAGAAAGGGGUUACAACUUCGAGUCCAGUUUGUUGGUACUUGUGCCUUUGCAUGCCUUUCACUGCGGCUAUAGUCCCAAUGCUUGUUCUGUUGCCUGCUGAAUUGUUCUAGACAUAAAGAGGUAAACUGUUUCCAUAUGUUAGUGUCCCUGCUAUCUUCUAUGUGCACACCACUGAUCUACCGGGAGGAGGGAGAUAUCCCUCUGGUCUAAUGGUACAUGGGUCUCCGUGGUGACCAACAUGUAGCCUCCACAGUCCCCUCACCCCGUCCUCCCACCAGCCAUGACUAUGGAAGGCCUCGCUGGCCGAGCACGCUGUACAAUACUGAGAUGUAUAUUGUUACAUUUGCUCUGCAGAUCUGGGGGUCUGGUUUCUAUUCAACGUACGACAUAUACAUUCUUCCGACCAUUUGGAAAACGGUUAGGCCUAGUUGAGGCAUUGAGCUUUUAAAAUACUCAAGUGUUUCAAGUCCAGUACAAAGGCCGGGGUAGGCACAUUUUAUUGUAUAUUUCAUUGUAUUUGCAGGAGAGUUUUUGGGGUCAAGGAGAAAAACUGAAACACAGAAAAGACGGGUGUAAAGGUGAGGAUGGGGUCUGAAAUGUUUUAAGGUUCAGACACCAUUCCUGCAUGCUGUCUAGUGGCGAUUUGAAAGAUGAGGCGCUACUUGAGGAUCUAUGAAGCCUUUCAUUCAGGUGAUGGAAACUAAGAUGGUCAAGGAAACCUGGUCUGUGCUUUUAGAUCAGUUCUACUUUGCCAAGAAGAGUGUUAAAUAUGGUCCAGGAUCUGUUCAAAUAAAGAAACUGCCACAACUGUCAGUGUAUGUGUAUGUUCUUCAUGGAUGGAGAAUCUUUGUAGACUCAUCUCCCUUAUUUUGCUAAUAAAAACCAUUUUCAAACCA